AUGGGCUCAUCUGGCUGGUCUCAGGCGCUGAUGGCGCUCACCUUGAUGGCGGCGGCGGCGUCCUGCUUCGAACAGCCGGCUGAGGAGGCGGCGCCACGCCGCGCUCGCUUCUCCUCCAACAGCCCUGCGGAUGUAGCGAGGUGCCUAAACGGCGCAGUGGCGGUGGGCUGCGGUUUCUUCUCCUGCCUAGAAAACUCCACCUGCGACACGGACGGCUUGCAUGAGAUCUGCGAGCUCUUUCUGCAUGCCGCCGCCACCUUCGACACAGAGGGCAAGAUGUUUGUGAAGAAGAGCCUGCACUGCGUAGCCCAGGGCAUCGGCAGCAAAGUUUUCCAGACCAUCCGCCGCUGCAACAUCUUCCAGAGGAUGAUCGCCGAGGUGCAGGAGGAAUGUUUCGUCACGCACGACAUCUGCUCGGUGGCGCGCGACAACCCGCAGGCCUUCGCCGACGUGGUGCAAGUGCCCACGCACUUCCCCAACAGGUACUACAGCACGUUGCUGCAAACGCUGCAGACGUGCGACGAUCAGACGGUGGCGGCGGUGCGUUCUGGCCUGCUAGGUCGUCUGAGUCCCGACGUGGAAACCUUCCUGUUGAUGGUCCAGAACAGGGAGUGCGAGGCGGGGGCGGGCCAGGCACCCGCCCCCUUGGAUGACCCCUCCGUCUGGAGGAGCGUCCCCGUCUUCAACGUUCAGCCCGGCUUCCGAGGUCGCGACCCCACCCACCUGUUCGCCCGCAAGCGCUCGCUGGCCGACGGGGAGUCGGGGCCCGGCCCGCGUCGUUAG